CGUCGACACAAAGUCUUGGCUCUUAUGGCGCCCUCUCGUGUAUGCAAUGCAUUAGUGGUGAGCAGUGAAGGCGAGCUCUGAGGCGCACAACACGAGCCCUAAAAUGGCAGUCAAUUGCUGUCAAACUCUUUGAGUGUUUGUUGUCUUCGGCGAACACUUGUCUCAAGCGAUGGCUCUUCGGCUGUGACGCCAACUGUGUCUGAAUGUCGCGAACCUUUUCCGGCCUUUCGGGCACUUAUAACGUGAGGGCCAAUGAGUUGGCGCUCCAGAGGAACACCAAAUCGCUCCGAUGUCUCGUCUACUUCUUGGACGACACCCAACACGUCUUUGAAGUUGAUAGACGCGCGAAAGGCGAGCAUCUCUUGGAUCUGGUGUUCCGACACUUGGAGCUCAUUGAACGCGACUAUUUCGGCCUCCAGUUCACCGAAACCAUCGCCCACUCCGGACAAACCAAUCAGGUCAGUCGAGCUGCCCCUCAGGCCACCCCCACUCACCCCCGACUCCGUCCCCAGCGAUGGCUCGACCCCAAUAAGCGGCUGAGGAAGCAGCUGAAGACAUCGCGCGCGCCGCACCUCCUCUUCUUCAAAGUCAAGUUCUACGUCACGGAACCGGCGCGUCUUCUCGAGGAGUACACGCGUUAUCACUUCUUCCUGCAGAUCCGCAAAGACAUUCUCAGCGCAAGACUCAUCGCCCCGACGCCCGCCCUCGCGCUCCUCGCCUCCUACGUCGUGCAAUCCGAAUUGGGCGACUUCUGCGCCGACGACCACAAGACUGGAUACAUCUCUGGCCUCAAACUCGUUGCGAACCAAACGCCGGAAUUCGAGAAAACGGUCGCAGAUAUGCAUCGUUUACAUAGAGGCGAAACG